AUGUCGUCAACAAAAACCUCAAGAAUAGGAGAAGAAACAAGAGUCGAUAAAGUCAAUGCGGAGCUGGUCACAUUAACCUACGGGACGAUUGUCGCACAAUUAUGCCAAGACUACGAUGGCAACUACCAGGACGUCAACAAGCAGCUGGACAAAAUGGGAUACAACAUCGGAAUGCGACUUAUUGAAGACUUCCUGGCCAAGUCAGGUGUCGGCCGAUGCGCCAACUUCCGGGAGACAGCUGAUAUGAUCGCAAAGGUUGGCUUUAAGAUCUUCCUGAACGUCACACCUACAGUCACAAACUGGACGAGUGACAACUCCCAGUUCUCCCUUAUCUUUGAAGACAACCCCUUGGCGGACUUUGUGGAGCUUCCGGAUGAUGGGCGGGCCCAGGACGAGCUAUGGUUCUCCAAUAUUUUGUGUGGCGUCCUCCGAGGAUCCCUGGAGAUGGUAAACACCCCGGUCCAAAUGCAGAUCGAGGCACACUUUGUCAGUGACGUGCUUCGCGGAGAUGAUACCACGGAGAUGCGGGUCUCCCUCGUUCGAUACAUUGAGGAUGAAAUGCCACCGGAGGAAGAGUAA